AUGUUAACAAAACUGCCGUUACGAGCUGUCAUUUGUAUAUUUUUAUUAACCGCAACAAUAGCGGUAACAUCAACAACUACCACAACAACAGCGAAAACAACAACAGCAUCAGUGACAAGAGUAAAUGAUGUCACCGAAACCAAAACAUCACAAGGAAAGCCAACAACAGCAAGUGUAACGGAAAUAAGAAGAAAUGGAAAUGGAAGUGGAAGUGGAAAUAGAGCUGAAAGUCGAAAAGUGAGUGUAAGCAGAAGUAGAAGUAGCCGAAACCAUAAGGAACGACCCAUAUUUGGCUUAAAAGACAAAGCGAAGCUAUUGGCUGAUGUGCGACGAGCUGAGACAACAACAUCGCUGUUGCCACUACAACCGCCUCUGAAUGUGACAAGUACCACAACAAGCACUUUCCUCACACCCUCAACCGGCAGCGUAGCAACGAAGAAAGAAGGCGGCAAAGCGACACCUUCCCAGCCGAAGUCGGAGACACAGCCACACUCGUCAUCUUCAUCUCCACCCACUAAAUCACAACCGUCGUUGGCGGUGGACUCAUCUUUGCCUCGCGCGUCAAGACAAACAACAAAUGUCAAUGUUGAAAAUGUUGCCAAUCUUGUCAGAAAUGACAGUAACACAUUGCCGCAUGACAGCAACAAAAAGAUUCUGGCGAAAGUUACUGAACUUGUGCCAGCCAUGGUUGCUGAGUCUGCGGUGGAUGAGUCUAAGCACCGCUCCGCCAAGAACAAGGAAUCUCUACACCUACCGACUAAGUCCACCGGCUAUAUACAUUUCGACGUAAACGACGAGGAUGGCAGCGUACGAACCACGUCUACACCAACCAGAGGCGCACGCAUGGAAACUGUGAACGAAGUGCUCUCAAAUCUUUUCCCAAAUGGUUUUACGGAUAUCUUUCGCUUCAGUUAUGCCUCCGAGCAGCCUACACCGGCAAACUUGCAGGCACCAGUGAUAGAAGCGGCUGUUCCACAACAAACAACAACCGCCGCAACGCUUGAGACGAAGUUGACGACAUCGCCGAGUGUAACGACAACGAGUGCAAUCACACAGACUGCGAAAAAGUCAGAAGAAACACCGGCAAAAGCUUUAUAUCGCUAUGAGACGAGCAUCUCGAAAGAAUAUCGACGUGAGCUGCGACCCGGACACACAGAAAUUGUUGUGGAGAAGUUGGAGUUGAUGCCACGCGCUGAGAAGACAGGUAGCGAUGAGUUUCGUGAUGGCAGUAAUGUGAUAACCAAAGACGAUUUGUUGCGCAUUAAUCGUGCGGCCGUUGAUGCGCCGGUGCUGCCCAGUUUGCUGAUGAAUCCCACUAACGCAAGUGGAAAUGGCACUGCAGGGGAGAAGGGAAAGAAGCAGGCACCCAUAAUAAUACUGAAUGACGACGACAGUGCCGAUAUGGAGGGUAUCAGCGCUGAGGAUAAUCUCAUUGCAGAGUCGCAGAAUGUUGGACAAAGGAUAUACCAGCGCUUGCCGGUUGAUGGAAAGUCACAGGGUUACAAGUUCAGCGUGCAAAGUGAACGCCUGCAGCCGCAGUCAGAGGUGAGUAUAAGAAUUGUGCAUGAGGAGGCGCCUCAUUUUAAGGGCUCCAUAAGUGAAAACCCCAUUUUUGUGCCCGAGGUGUCACAGGCGAAGGCAUCAAACAAAGGCAAACCAUCAUCAGCACAUGGACCACCCAGCCAACAACUUGACACUUUCCAGGAGCAUGCAGAGCAAUCUUUUCAUCAUUUGAAUUUGGCGCACGAAGCUCCUUCGCGUAAAUUCUUACGGAACUUCAAUCCGGUUUUGUCAGUGGAUGCGGCUACCUCGACGCCGAAGGGAACAACAUUCCACUAUGUGGCCAAUGCGCUACAUCCGAGCUUCUAUACACAAACAGGAGAGCAGGCAGCUAAGUCCGCAUCGAGUUCCAUCGCAGCUGCGGGGCGAAUUGAAGGCUCGUCACCAGCUGGCGCUCAGUUACAACAGUCGUCGGCACCCGCGCGUCUACCCUCACAACAGCAACAACAGCAACAACAACACCAGCAAUUGUUACAACAACAACAGGAGUCUCAGCAGCAGCAUGCGCCCGCCCAGCCGCAGUAUGCGAUUUAUCAACAGCAUCCGCCACCGCAUGAGUACAAGCAGCAGCAAGAAAGUGAACAGCAACAACAAAACCAUCAAUAUUUCAAGCAAUACCAGCAGCAACAUCAGACCGCAGAAGCCGAAAAGGUCCUCAAGCAGCAGCAACAACACCAACAAGAGCAACUGAGAAAGCGACAGGAAGAACAGCAACACCAACAACAACAGCAACAGCAAUCAACAUCACAGCCUCAGCAAAAAUACACCAGCCCAUCCGCAAGCUCUUCCAACCCGGUUUCCAAGCUGCACACCCAUGUAGGUGGCGAUUCGGUGGCAGCUCCCGCUUCAUUGGCUCAACAUACAUAUCACCAUCCGUUGACGGGACCACAGUCGUACAGCCCUCCUUCCACGCCCACACCGCAUAGCGUAGUCUUCGUCACCCUACAUACACCACGCUCACAAUCCCAAAUCGCACACCCGCAAGAUGCUCGCCCGGUUUACACUCAGUACGUUACCGAGCACCAUUCACAGCCUGCACCGCCAACAUCCGCCGCCACAACUCGACGUCCCCACGCUGGCUACACUUUUGUCGAGGUGCAGAAGUCCGUGAAUAUUCACAAUAAGCUCAUCACUGAAAAGGACGGCAAGUUAGUGGAGGAGCAUGAAACCAUUUACCCACUUCCACCACAGUAUACCGUGCAACAACAACAACAAAACUCGCCGUCUCCAACGAAACCAGCCGUCCUAGUACAAUCAUCACCAUCACCAGCCACCGCACCGCCACCACCGCCAGCACCAAAACCUGUAACCACACAUGCACCUGCAUCACACGCCGAGCCUCAACACAGCCAGUAUCCCAUACAAUAUGCACAGCAGCUCUCCAUACUGGAGGAGGGCAUACAUCCGCAUGAUUACUACUUUGUGCCCAAGGAAUAUGCCUCGCUUGCUGAUAACCCAAUACACGUGCAGCACAUCGAUGAGCCCGAACAGCAAGAAGAAGCCUCGUCCUAUGCACACCUCGAGCAUGUAUUGCCAAUCGAGGGCCAUGCGCAUGCGCACGAGCAUCACCCCCACGAGCACCACGAGCCACAGCAAUACGUUCAAUAUGUACAACACCAGUAUGUCGAACAGCCUGUGCAGCAGGAUGCACAUAAGCCAGCCGCCCAACCAGCAGCAGAGCAAACACAACAACAAUCGGCAGCCAGUGAGCAUAUUGCUGAGCAUGCAGCGCCAACGCAAGCGCACAUAGAGCACCACCAACCGUCAACAGAGAAGGAGGUUGUCGAACAUCACGUCGAGAAGAUUGUUGAGCGUCCUGUACAUGUGCCCUACCCAGUGCAUGUGCCACAAUACAUCGACCGCCCCUACCCCGUGCAAGAAAUAGUCGAGACGCAUAUACCAGUACCAUAUCCGGUGCCUGAGCCGGUGCCGGUGCCAGUGCACGUUGAGAAAUACAUUGAUCGCCCCUAUCCCGUGGAAAAGAUUGUAGAAAAGCGUGUGCCGUAUCCGGUGGAGAAAGUUGUUGAGAAAAUUGUCGAAAAAGAAAUACCAAUCCAAGUUGAAAAAGUGGUUGAAAAAUUCGUAGAUCGUCCAGUGCCCAUACCGAUACGCGUGCCCGUCGCCAUACCAGUACCCUACGCGCAUCAGCCACUACCUGAAUACGGCGAUCCCGGCGAGUUUUUGGGUUCUUCCUACCAACAACUUCCUAACGCGCUUGGUGGUUGGGCUGAGCCCUCCGGACCCAAUGAACUUGCCGGUCGUGGCCCCGUAACUCUGCCUAUACCACCUAAGGUGCUGCAAAAUUACUACACGCGCAUGCUGAAGAAGCUCUUACCGCAAGCAUUGGCACAACGUGGCACUUCCACCUCAUCAUUGUCACCAUCAUCGACCACGUCAAGCACCACCUACACUCACACGCAAGCACGACCGAAGAAACCUACGCCUAGCACGCAAACCUCAUACAAAUCCACCAAACAACCGAAAUUGUCCUCCUCAAGUGGCACGUCCAGCAAACAGCAUUCCUUCAAAAUCGGUGACAUACGAUUCGAUCUAAAACCACCACCACCACCGCCCACCGGGCCGGAAUGGUCGAAGGGCGCACGUUACAUUUACAAUACUCUACCGCAUGAUCUCUCUGUGGCCGACACCUCAGACGCCGAGCAGUUAGCGGACGCCCUCAGCGGUCAUUAUGCUUCGCCCAAUGAACCCUACGAUGAGUUCCAACGCUGGCGGAAUGGUCAUACGCUGAAGCGUAGCCCACAGUUUGGUCGGAACUUACAAAUGGAAUAUGGCUUCAAGCCACCACUUGUGCCCUCUGUGGAGAUCAAUGAUCAGGGCAUACCAUUGCAUGCGGAGGAGAAGAAGGCAGAAUAAUUGCUGGGAGCUCAUACAGGGCAUACGUAUAUCUACAAUUCAUAAGCUGGCGAUUAACAUUUAGUAUUUAAGUUUUAUUUAAAUACUUAGCAAGUUUAAUGUAUU